AUGCUAAAUUUAAUUUCACCUCAAUAAUAUAUACCCUAUAAAAAUACUCAAACUAAUGCUCAAUCAGCAGUUUGCAUAUUGUUGAGAGGGUAAUUUAAACCAUAAUAAGGUUAUUCUUAAUUGAAUAUCAAUUAUCCUUAAUCCACAAAAUUUCAACAAUAACAAGACAUUGAAAUACUUUAUAUUUAAAGAUAAAAUUCAAAAAGAGAUUAAUAUAGUGGUGAAAUAGCAUUUCCAGGAGGUAAAUGUGACAAUGAUGAAACUGAUUUAUAAGCUGCAAUAAGAGAAGUAUAUGAAGAAGUAGGAAUUAAUUUAAAUGAUUUAGAAUGUUAUUAUGUUUGUCGACUUUCCAAAAAUGCAUACAUGAAGAAAUUGAGAAAUAAAUAAUCUUUAUAUUGUAGUGCUUUCGUAAUAGCAAUCAAUGAUCCUAAUAAAAAAACUGAUAAUAUGAGAUUGUCUGAAAAUGAAAUAUAAUAAGCAAAGUGGAUAAAACUUACUUAUUUUGAUGAUCCUAUAUUGAAAACAAAAAAGAGUUUACAUUAUUUUGGACCUAGAUUGAUAGCAAAAUAUUUUAAGUAAUCAGAAACUGCAGCUUUGGAUAUUGGAUUUGAAGAAAUGUUAUAUGGAUUUACCUUUUUUAUGACAAUAGCUUUGUUAUUUUUAAUUUAGAAACACCAAAAAGUUUGGUAACAUGCACAUUUUGCAAAGUUCACUUUUACAGGACCUAUGAAAUAUAUUUUAGAAUAUGGAGCUAUGAUAGUCUAUAAAAAAGAGAGAAUAAGUCUAAUUGAAUAAUGGCAAUGGCCAAUAUAUAUAUACUUAAUUCCAUUACUAAUAUUGAUGAUAAUUUUAAUUUGA